AAUGAAGCUUGAGUGAUUUGUUCGUAGUUUAACAUUAUGGAAAAGGAAAAGAGCAGUCAACAUAUUUCGCACAGCUGGAAAAUGUGCACGUGCAAGCCUCCAAGCUAAAACGCGCAACGUUAGUGAAGACUGCAGAUGUCAACAGAAACUCAUGUUUGAGACAUGAAAACCUUCAGAAGUUAAGUUCUUCAAUUAUUUAGGAACUCGUGGUCAGAUUUACAAUGUGAACAAACGUGUGCGUAUUUUCCCAGAAAAACCUGUUUAUACUGGCACGAUUUGUAUUCCUUCCUCCAAAAAGUACAAACCACGCCCAUGCCAUGACCUCCAACUUUCGGUUGCUAUACAUUGUGAACAUAUCAUGCAGCUGAAUCACCAAUACAGUAUAGUAUACUCAUGUAUACGAAGGUCUGGUCUUAGAUCAGUCAAGAAUGUUCGGCUUCAGUGUGCUCGUGUGCGCGAUUGUUGCAGGUCUGUGCAGUGCUGGUCCUUUAAUACUGCCGCAGAGGCACGAGAACAACCGACCGAUCAUAGGUAUCUUGGCUCAAGAGGUUACUGAUGCUGCCCUGAAAAAGUUUGGAGAUACUUUCAUUCCUGCAUCUUACGUGUCAUACAUCGAGUCUGGAGGUGCUAGAGUUAUGCCAAUCAAGCUAAACCAGAGUUUUGCAGAGCAUGAAAAAAUCUUCAGGUCAAUAAAUGGUCUUCUCCUCAUCGGGGGCUCAGUAAACCUGCAGACAUCAAACUUCGCUCGCAUUGCUGGAUUUUACUUCAGCCUUGCCAUUAAAGCAAAUGAUGAGGGCGACACCUUUCCCAUAUGGGGAACAUGCCUGGGGUUACAGCUCCUUACUGUGUUUGUGGCUGGAGAAAACCUUUUGAGUAGCACUACAGCAGAGAACGUCACAUAUCCACUAAACUUCACUGCAGAGGCUCAAUCCAGUCGCAUGUUUAACAACUUUCCAUCUGAUGUCCAUAAAGCUUUGUCUCAGGAGCCACUCACUGCAAAUUUCCAUCAUUAUGGAGUGACCAAAGAGGAUUUCAUGGGUAAUAAAAAAUUAAAUGACUUCUUCUCAAUUCUGUCAACAAAUGUUGCAGAAAAUGGACAUGUCUUUGUUUCCACUAUUGAAGGCAGGAAAUAUCCUGUUUAUGGUGUACAGUGGCACCCAGAAGUAAACCGUUUCCAGUGGAACCCUAAUUACAAUUUUCCACAUACAAGCAAUGCUGUGCGCGUGUCAUCUCUACUGUCUGAAUUCUUUGUAAAUGAAGGAAGGAGAAGCGUCCACCACUUCAGUGAAGUAGCAGAAGAAAACAGAGCUCUUAUUUACAACUACAACCCUGUUUAUGUGGGAAAUAUUUCUGGAUAUGAACAGUGUUAUUUCUUUUGAGAGACAUGGCAUAAUGCAAGAUGCCAGGAAAAUUAAAAAGAAAAACAAAGAACAAACCUUUUAGUAUUUGGUCACUGAACAUAUGAGAUACAUUAUGCUUACUGAGCCAGCAGAGGGCAAUAUUUAGUUUUGUGAGACCAGACAAGAUUGUCACAUAAUUUGUUUUACAUAAUUUUCUUGUUUUCUGAAAUAAUGUUAUGUGUGUAUAAUGUGUUAUGUGUGUGUGCGCGCGUGUGUGUGUGUUUGCGUAAUUGACAUUUAUUAUAUAGCUUGUUUGUGUAUUUGUUAUGGCAGAACAAAUUAAGAGUUGAACUUAUCAUGCAACCCAUACUUACUGUAAUACAUUUGUUUACAUCCCAGUGAAACAAAAAUCAUUGAGUUAAAGAUGUAUUGUGUAAAUUCUUAGGAUCUCUUGACAGAAAUGCAAUAUACAUAACUAUAUUAUCAGUGGUGUAUAAAGGCCUUACAUAAUAAACUGUAUUGUUUUUA